ACGAGCCACCCGACUUUCGGAAGGGCCCGGCCAGUGCCGACGGGAAAGCUUCGUCCUUCGCGGUGGGUUGUUGAGACAACGCGAGAUGUGAAAUUCGCGUCGACGAGCAGUGUGGUUGGUGCCCUUGGAGCAAAAACAACAUGGGCCAAGGUAACGUUGCGGCGCUCAGGAAACUGUGGAUCGCCUCGCUGUGCGCGCUGGCCAUGUCCACGUCUUCGGUUCUGUGGAACGUGGAGAUACCUAGGCCUCCGCCGAGGAGUGACUUCGGCUCCUGCGAGGCCGUUGCUGGCCGCCGGCCGAAGAUGCACGGCGUCAUCUCGCCGGCAUCCGGCGAUCUAGUCAUCAACGUCACCCUGCUCCUGUCGGCGGUUCACCAGGGAGUUAGGGAGAGCGUCAAGUACCUGCAAAAGCACGGCUUCCAGAAGUCCAAGUACGAAAACGUCACGUGGCCCAGGCUGAGGCGACGCCCCGGGGCCAGAGAGUACGAAACUGCGGCCUACGCUUCCCAGUUCGCCACCGAAUACAUCGCUCGCAGGUUGAAACUGGCGCCCGACGACGUGCACGGUGCGGUCGCAUGCAUCGACGUCCGUGACACUGCGCUGGGCCGCGUCUGUCCCAAGGACCUGAUCGACGAGGACAUCGUGUGCCCGCGCAAGGCGCUGCACUACCGAAGUCCGGAUGGCACCUGCAACAACUUCGACAAGCCGUCGUGGGGCGUCACUUUCUCGACGCUCGUGAGACUCCAGCCCGCCAGGUACGCCGACGGGGUAUCCAGACCACGUGUCGCUUCGAACGGCUCUCCCCUGCCCAGCGGUCGGCUGAUCAGCCAGACGCUGACCUCCCUGGACCGGCUGGGCGGCGGCAGCUCGGACGACCCGCGGGCCACGCUGAUGCUGAUGCAGUGGGGACAGCUGGUGGACCACGACGUGUCGCUGACCACGCUGUCCGUGUCGCGCUCGGGGUUCCCGCCCAAGUGCUGCCGGCCGCUGAUGUCGCCGGAGGACGUGCACCCCGAGUGCAUGGCGAUCGCGGUGUCGUGGCGCGACAAGUUCUACCGCAAGUUCGACGCGACCUGCAUGGAGUUCAGCCGCUCGGCGCCCGCUGCCAGGCGGGGCUGCAGGUUGGGUGCACGCGAUCACACCAAUCAGGUCACCGCGUUCAUCGACGCUUCCACGGUGUACGGUUCCACGGCCGAGGAAACAAGCCAGCUGAGGUCUUUCCGGAAAGGCAUGCUUCGUACACUGGACACGAAGUGGUCCAAGCCGCUGCUGCCUCCGGGCUCCGAGGCCGAGAUCCUCGAAUGCCAGGAGAGGGGUCGGAACUCCAAGUGCUUCAUGGCAGGUGACUCUCGAGUGAACGAGCAGCCGGGUCUGACGGCGCUUCACACCAUCUGGAUGCGCGAGCACAACCGAGUGGCACUCGAACUGUCGACUCUCAAUCCUGGCUGGGACGACGAACGACUCUUUCAGGAGGCACGGCGAGUGGUGGCCGCCGAGGUGCAGCACGUGACCCUGGCGGAGUUCCUGCCCGCCGUGCUGGGCGAGUCCGUGGCGCAGAUCUUCGGCCUCAAGCCGGCGUCGGGCCACUGGCGCGGCUACGAUCCCACGCAGAACCCCGGCGUGUCGAACGUGUUCGCCGCAGCCGCCUUCCGUUUCGGACACAGCUUGGUGCCGCACGCCUUCCACCGCUACGACAAGAAGCACAGGCUUCUGCUCAACGACACCCCUCUUCACUCGGAGUUCUUCAACCCGACGCACCUGUUCCGGCCGGGUGCCGUGGACCGCCUCGUCCUGGGACUGGUCAACCAGGCGGCGCCGGGUAUGGACGAACAGCUGAGUCCCGAGGUCACCAACCGGCUGUUCCAGCCGCAGGGUCAGGACUUCGGGCUCGACCUGAUGGCGCUCAACGUGCAGAGGGGUCGCGACCACGGGCUGCCCCCGUACACCGCGUGGCGGCGCCACUGCGGACUGCAGCGGGUGCGCGGCUUUCAGGACCUCGAGCAGUUCACGGGACCCACCGCGGCGCAGGCACUAGGCAAACUCUAUGCGUCGAUCGAGGACGUGGACCUGUUCCCGGCAGGGAUCGCCGAAAAGCCCGUGCUGGGUGGCGUGGUGGGUCCCACGUUCGCCUGCCUCAUCGCCGAGCAGUUCGUGCGCAUGCGCAGUGGCGACCGUUUCUGGUACGAGAACGGGGGCCUCGCCUCGUCUUUCACCACAGAUCAGCUGCGCGAGCUGCGCAAAGUGACGCUGGCGCGGGUGCUGUGCGAUAACCUGGACGACAUCGAGACGAUCCAAGCCAGAGUCAUGGAACAGGUUGACCAAAGACGGAACAGGAGGCGGCCCUGCAGAAGAAUCCCGGAGAUGAACUUGUCGUUCUGGAAAUAUUAAUAUAUUCGCAUUAGCUGUGAACACACCGAAGACAUUCAACAGCGCUUUCUUGCAUGUAACGUGUUACGUAACGUCGACCGUGAGCGGUGCCCUGGAUCGCGAUCGUUGCAUCUCUCUUCUCAAUGCUGCUCACUCACGAGGUCGCGACUCUCGACUUCGGCGGUUGCAUUCCGACUGGAGCGGAAUGCAAUAACACUCCUCAACUGCGCAUUGACUGCUGGUUAAAAGGACAUCGAAGAGAAAAAAAAGUAAUUCGAGCUGUAUUGGUUAAAUGUACUGAUCGAGCUGUAUUGGUUGCCCUUCUAAAAUAAAUACAAGCCACUUUUAUCGUGA